AUGAAUAAGUUGUACUUGAAGGCGGCCGAAAGGAUAGGAAUAGUGGAAGAAACGAAACUCGAGCCAACAUUUGAAGAAGGUAUUAAAAAAGUUGAAGCUUACAGACUGGCUGUUGACAGCGCCUUGGAUGGCCUAGAAGCUAUGAUGCAGCCAAAUCGUCUUGUAGUUGAGACAGGGGCCAUUGUGGCUCCUCCUGGGCAGGAUCCCCACGAGGUCAUGGCUGCUGCCUGUACAAAAUUGAGGCAAUAUGUAGACUCUGCCUCUCAGGUUCCCAUGACUUCAUCUAUUGUCAGUCGUGAUGGGCGUGCCGCAAUUAGAAGAAUCCGACGUUUUGUAACUGUAGACAAUCAACAAAUGAAGGACGAUAUGGAGAAGGUGAAGGAGGGACUAGAACUUAUGGAUGUAGCAAGACAUGAGGCAUCGAAAAUUCAGCUUGUGAUUGACGAGCUCCCGGUAACCAUAUUCACCAAUCAGCGAGAAGUCGUUAAGUUUUUCAUCCAACGAGAGAAAUACCAUUCAACAGCUACUGGAAUUUUGAAAGAUUUAGUAGAGAAAAUAGAGAAGUGA